AUGGACAUCGCUGAAUCAACGGUCGGCUUACAUAUCUGUUUGCAAAUUGCUGCGCUAUCCCAAUGGCUGUUGGAUCGUAAAAAUGGCAAAGUUUAUAUUUCACGUCUGCUCGAGUGCUAUGCCAUUUGUACAGUCACCAUGUCUCUGGCCAUUCUGGUGUUUGGCGUAUAUUUCGAUAAAAACUAUUUUCGUGAAUCGCAGAAUGAUGUUGGACAAACAGUGGAUUAUAUACAAAUAAUUGGCAUACGUAUAUCACAUUUGGUAACUAUUUCUGAGGCAUUUUUACAGCGACGCGGACAAUGCUUAUUCGUCAAGCAGGUACGAGAAAUCGAUCGUGUAUUCGAGUGUUCGCUAAAUGUGGAGGUCGAUAAUCGCUCUCUACGCAGUCAGCUCAGGCGUCGGGGCCUCAUUAUGCUCGCCAUUUAUGUAAGCUCCGAGCUGCUCAUACUCUUCGCAAAGUUUCUUACCAAAGAUCGUCACUUCUCUAUCUACUGGCUGCUCUAUCUGUUGCCAUUUUUCGUCUGUGGCCUACGAUAUUUUCAAAUAUUUACCGCCAUUAUGAUUGUACGACAACGUUUGGAUAAAUUGGUGCUAGUCUUAAAUGAACUCAAUCUGCUGAAGACUUUCCCAAGCUACGAAACGUCUGAUUGGCAGAAUCGUCGCACUGAUAUGGAGAAUCCAGAUAUGAAACGUUUGUUAACCAUACGCGAUCUCUACAAUCGCUUGUGGGAGUUAACUGGCACGCUGAAUGCUGAUUUUGGUGUUUCGAUUUUAACAAAUGUGGGCAAUGAUUUCCUAUCCAUUACAUCGAAUUGCUAUUGGAUUUUCUUGAAUUUCAAGGGCUAUUCAGCCACAUUGAAUGAUUUCUUGCAAAUCGCCAGCAGUGCCGUUUGGUCGGCGCCACACCUCUUCAAUGUGUUGAUGUUGGCAUUGCUCUGUGAGAGGACUGUGCAGAAGACGACCACAAUCGCUUUGGGGCUGCACCGCAUUGAAACUAAUAUCUGGAACGAUAAUCACAACACGGUGAUCGAGCAGUUCUCCCUACAGCUGUUGCAUCAAAAGUUGGCUUUUUCAGCUGCUGGAUUCUUCGAUAUCAACUGCACUCUGCUUUAUACGAUCGCAGGCGCUACCACGACUUAUUUGAUUAUACUCAUUCAGUUUCAUAUGAACGAAGAUAAGAUGUCGAGCUGA